AUGAACGAUCACGGGAGCUUGGUCGCGGCGAUCAAAGAGCAUGGGGAGGUGGUGAUCAGCGCCGUCGGACACGGCAGGCCGGAGGACCUGGACGGCCAGCUUAACAUCAUCGAAGCGAUAAAGGAGGCAGCUGGAUAUGUCAAGCGGUUUGUGCCAUCUGAAUUCGGCUGUGACCCGGAGUACGCCGAACGGACUCUGGAGCCGGCGAAGAGCAUGCUAGCGUCCAAGCUUCGAGUCCGGCAAGCCAUCAGAGACGCUGGGAUUCCCUACACUUCCAUCUGCAGCAACUGGGCUAUUGGCUUGCUCUUGUCGACGCUCGUCAAUUUCGGGGAGAAUGGCCCUUUGAGCACCGGGGUGAACAUCUUCGGUGAGGACAAAUCUCGAGUCAUUUCUAAGGUCUCUGGGUCGAUCUUUGUCCACGAGAAGGAUAUGAGCAUGCUGGCUAUAAGAGCCGUGGACGAUCCAAGAACACUCGACAAGGUCCUGUACGUACGCCCUCUCACGAACAUGCGCUCCUUCGGCCAACUCGUCUAUCUUCUGGAGAAGAGAACUGGCAGGACACUCGAGAGGCACUACGUCCGAGGACGUGCGAGGAGGCCGUCGGGGUGGCUCCCCUGA